GGUUCUUGUCCCGCGCACUCACACCCUGUAGAAGAGGCUACUCGUCUCACUCGCAGAACCGGAGGAGCUGGUGGCUAUAUUAUUCUGCAGUAGCUGUCUCCGGAGAGCGAAUGAAGGAAGAGGAUUGGAACAAACAGGCAGCAGACAUAGUWGCUAAAACUGCUGUGGACUCUUUCUCACCAAAAGAGGAACCAGACGGCAGGCACGCACGGACGCACAGGUCUAUCCUAACCGGACGAACCGACUAGUAAAUGGACAUAAUGUUUAAUCUAUCCACCGGCAGCAGAACGUGCAUAUACAGCAUCACCUUUCUGUCCGCGGUCGUGAUUUCCUCCUGCCACGCGCUCCGCCGCUGUGGGGACGUCCAGUGCGUUGAGGGCCAGCAGUGCUGCCCCCCUACUGUUACCGGCAACGGUAGCGCGAGUUCCAUGGUGCGCUGCUGCAAGCUCCCGCUGCAUAUAUUCUUCGACAACGUGGGCUGGGUGACGCGCAAACUAUCGGGCAUCCUGAUCCUGCUGCUCCUUUUCGCAAUGGGCUACUUCAUCCAGCGCAUUAUCUGCCCGCGGCCGCGCCGACACCCCCACCCCGAACACCCCGAGGAGCCCUCUCUCUUCCACGGACACGUCACCGCGUCCCAGGACUCCCUACUGGACCGGUACCCCGAAUACAGUUUUGGGGACUUCACCUCGCCAGUGCUGCUACCCGCAUAUGACGAGGUGAAGUACCUGCCGACCUACGAAGAGACCAUGCAGGAGGUGCACAGAGACCAGUCGGAUGAUAAUUUACUGGUCCRUUCGGAGGAGCCUGCUGCGGACCGAGGGACGCGGGGAGGACCGAUACCCAGAGAAGAGGGACAGGACACUUCAGGAUACAACACACGCGCGUCACGGAAUUCUGUCUGACUAAAUGUGAUGGACUAUCCAAUUUCAGAAUUGUUAUUUUAUUAUGAACUAAAGGAGAGACUUACAGGCUAUAACUCAAGUGCAAUUACAAUCUGUUGCAAUGAAUGUUGAAAAUAAUAUGAACUGGCAAUUUGGUCAAUGACGUUUUAUAUGAUUGGGAGGAUGAUUCCCCUUUUGUAUGCAAAUUAAGACUUGGUAUGAGAAAAGGAGACAAUAAAAGAGAUAUGGCUGCUA